UCUUAUCAGAUCUCCUAUGCCACUAUGAAGUACAUUCUGGUCACUGGAGGUGUGAUUUCGGGUAUCGGCAAGGGCAUUAUCGCCAGCAGUGUGGGCACUCUCCUCAAAUCUUGCGGCCUUCAUGUCACAGCCAUUAAAAUAGAUCCAUACAUCAAUAUUGAUGCUGGCACUUUUUCACCUUAUGAACAUGGGGAGGUUUUUGUGUUAGAUGACGGCGGAGAGGUGGAUCUGGAUUUGGGUAACUAUGAGCGUUUCCUGGACAUCCGUCUGACAAAGGACAACAACCUUACCACAGGGAAGAUUUACCAGUCAGUCAUUAACAAGGAAAGGAGAGGAGACUACUUGGGCAAGACGGUGCAAGUCGUUCCCCACAUCACAGAUGCCAUCCAGGAGUGGGUGAUGAAUCAAGCCAAGGUCUCAGUAGAUGGUGAUGGCGUGGAGCCUCAAGUUUGUGUUAUUGAGCUGGGGGGAACGGUGGGAGACAUCGAGAGCAUGCCCUUUAUCGAGGCCUUCAGACAGUUUCAAUUCAAAGUGAAGAGGGACAACUUCUGCAAUAUUCACGUCAGCCUUGUACCACAGCCGAACACUACAGGAGAGCAGAAAACUAAGCCCACACAAAACAGCGUGCGGGAGCUGAGAGGUCUCGGCUUAUCUCCUGACUUGAUAAUGUGCCGCUGUACGACACCCUUGGAAACAGCAGUGAAAGAGAAAAUAUCUAUGUUUUGUCAUGUGGAGCCAACACAGGUAAUCUGUGUGCAUGAUGUGUCUUCAGUCUACAGAGUGCCUUUACUGCUGGAAGAACAGGGUGUUGUCAGCUACUUCUGCCAGAGACUGAACCUGCCUGUUGAGAUGAGGCCCAGAAAGAUGCUCUUUAAGUGGAAGGAGAUGGCUGAUAGAUCUGACCGACUGCUGGAGCACGUUUCCAUCGCCCUAGUGGGGAAGUACACAAAGCUGUCAGACUCCUACACGUCCGUCAUUAAAGCCCUGGAGCACUCGGCACUUGCCAUCAGUCACAAGCUCGAGGUCAAGUACAUAGACUCGGCCGACCUAGAACCGGCCACUUUGCAGGAAGAGCCAGUAAAAUAUCAUGAGGCCUGGCAAAAACUCUGCAGCUCAAACGGCGUAUUGGUUCCUGGUGGUUUUGGUGUGAGAGGAACAGAAGGCAAGAUGCUGGCCAUAAACUGGGCAAGAAAACAGAAUAAACCCUUCCUGGGUGUGUGUUUGGGCAUGCAGCUGGCUGUGUGCGAGUUCGCCCGCAAUGUUCUUGGUUGGGAAGAUGCCAACUCAACAGAAUUCAACCCGGAUUCUAAGUACCCAGUGGUGAUCGAUAUGCCUGAGCACAACCCGGGCCAGAUGGGAGGCACAAUGAGGCUUGGCCAGCGGCGAACUAUUUUCAAAUCCCAAACCAGUGUGUUGAGAAAACUCUACGGAGACGUGGACCAUGUUGACGAGCGGCACAGGCACAGAUUCGAGGUGAACCCUGAGCUUAAGCACCACUUUGAAGAGAAAGGACUCCAGUUCGUUGGCCAGGACGUCGAGGGGGAGCGGAUGGAGAUCAUUCAAUUAGAGGAACAUUGCUACUUUAUCGGAGUGCAGUAUCAUCCCGAAUUCACCUCCAGGCCCAUCAAACCUUCACCACCCUAUUUUGGCCUCUUGUUGGCUUCCGCCGGCAAACUCCAGAGCUACCUGGCCAAGGGCUGCCGCCUGUCUCCACGGGACACGUACAGCGACCGCAGCGGAAACAGCUCACCCGAUGUUGACAUUGCCGAACUCAAGUUCCCGUCCUUGUCGUGA